GUUCUAUAUAAUACGGACGUACCCGCUACGGCGUCUGCGCGGAACGAUUCUUCAUUAGCCUUCUACAUGUAUGUUAUCUUUUUAUUCUUCACCCCACCGUCGUUUGCAAAAUCGGAAUACCAAUACAUAGGAAAUAACAACGUGCCGUUACCUAGCAUACAGUGGAUAUCGUAAACACGAGGUUUACGCGGGUUAAUACAGUGCAGUGGCUUUCGUCGUUAAAGAGAAUAAUCUCGUACGUAUCCAGGCUUAAUAACGGAACGUUCUGAGCCGCGAAGAAACCGUGUCGUACCGCGUGUUACUAUCAUCGUCCUCUAUAGUACUACAACAGCCGGCUUUGCUUAUGCGAGCUGUUUUGAAAGUGCACUGCCUUCGAUGAAACCGACUGGAAAGAUGAGCGAGUUCCGACCGAGCGACUAGAGUGUCAUUCGCCUUCACGCGUUGACGAACAUCGGAUCAUGGACGAGAUCUGAAGAGGGCUCUCGCUCUCGUAUUUUUUGCACUGCUAGACCGCGAGGAACAGGAUUAUUUAUCAGUGAAAGUAAACAGGACAAAUCGUCAAGCUGGAGCCCACCAAGGAAACCAAGUCCAAGAUGGCUCCCGCAGGGAUGCCUUCAGCUGUCCCUGCUACGCAACCUGCAGGGGCGUCUUUAGCUGGGGCAACAUUAGUCAGCUAUAAGAGAAACUGGUGGCGAAGGAUCGCUCCAUGCUUAGCAUUUCUUGCAGCUUUUUCCACAGCCAUGGCCCUGCUCCUCGUAUGGAGCGAAGCAGCUGCCCUUAGAAGACAAGCCUUCGAUGCAAAUAUGACCAGAGACUACGUGCUUAACAGCGUCUCUAUGGACAAUCCCCAGUUGGUCGCUUAUAUUCGCGAAGUGCAACUCAAGCCCACGACUCAUCAGGAUCCACUAAAUGCUACUCAGACUCCGGAGGAACGAUAUAUAUCCGGUUUAUUUCAAGGAAAACGAGAGGGUGUAUAUUUGGAGUACAUCAGCAGGGUGGGAGCAGUUUCUACCAGUACGUGGCUCGAAUCGAAUCUCAGCUGGAGAGGAGUUCUUGCUUUGACUGAUCCAAGAAGUUUUUUUGAAGCACUAAGAAGCACUAGAAAUCCGCGAACUAGAGUCCUCCAUGCCUGCCUGAGCACGGACAAGGAUACCAAAGAGAUAACGUAUCACCAAGAAUCAGAGGUUCAAGUUACCAAGUUAGGCGAGGGGCCUAAUAGUCUUGUCACAUCGGACGAGAACCUUCCUACCACAAGACUGAAAUGCUUUCCUUUGUACAGUGUUCUUCUGGCUUAUAAUUCAACUACACUUGAUUAUCUGAGUCUGGAUAGUCCCGACGCCCAAGAUGGACAGGUCCUGGAUACGAUACCUUGGGAUAUCAUUAGGAUAUCGGUACUCUCUAUUCGUUGGAGCACUCAUCAUAGCGAGGCGGAAACGAAAAAUUUAGUUGGAAAGCUGAUAGAUCGAAGAUACAAACUGGUACACACAACGGACACAGGAAAAUUAAUAUUCUUAUUCAAUAGGCGACUUAAGAUUUGAUUGUAAAGUUGGCGUCUGAAAUCAGCAGUGAACGAAUGUCUGAUUAAUGAAACGAAACUAUUGACAUUUAAGCGAAGAAUUCACGGGUGGACGUUAUCCUCGAGCUCUAUGAUCAGAAUCCGAAGAUAAUUAAUCACUCCGAGUUCCAAUCAAGAAAUCGACGAUCGAACCCGAAGAAGACUUUUCUCACGCAACUUUCAUCACAAUGAACGCACGAAGAUUGAUCGUGCAACUCGAACGAUCUCAACUUUUUAGACGCUUAUAAGAGAUUUUCUGGAAAUUCGUUAUGAGAUAAUUAGAUCUUUAUACGACAGUCAAGGGCAAAGCGUUCGAAUUAUUGAUUUAACAAAAUAAUUCAACAGAUUUAACCUCGUCCAAGAUACGUAAGCACAGUCCAGACGGCCUUAACGUAAGAGGAGAAACCAAAAAGGAGGAAAUUGAAAGGAGAAUAAAUAAGAGUAACGUAAAAUGAAGCAAUUUACUUUGGUACGAUUUUACCAUAGGCUCGUUUUACCGUGUAUGUACACAUUAUAGUAAUAAGGUAAGCUAAUAGAAAAGCGAACAAUCGUUUUAUGGAGGAUGUUGAAGAAUUUUAUUUUUAAAUAAGCGUUACGCGGCUGCGUGCGGGUUACGCAUAUUACGAACGCUCAUUUACGCGCGUUUAUUGCGCGACACUACGACGUUAGGUUAAGUAUCCACGAAUAAAAUCGCACGUAUUAUGUAAACUCACACGCUGCGCAGUGAUAACCAGUGAGCUAUAUACCGAAUACCUUAAGUACGGGCCUUAUUAGUACGUAAGAUAAUAUUUUGCUAAGAAAAGAAACAAUAUUUAAAUGUCUCGCAGGAUAGUGAAUAAAAGCAUAGGCUCAAAACGGAGUAGAGUUAGCAUGUAAAAAAAUUAAGGAUGAACAUUGAUCAAUGAACAAUUAAUUAUAGCAGAACCUACAGGACUGAUACUUAAAACGCAGCUUUCGUUAAGUUUAGUAUAGUUAUGUUUUCACGUCAAUUCAGGACGAUCGGUUAUUUGCCAAGAAUUGUUGUAUUCUCUGAUCCUUCAAUUAAUAUUUCACGCUCUCAUUUGAAAUAUCCGCUGAAAUCAUUGCCUGAGAUAUUAAUUCGAUUAUCAGAAGUUCCUGGUUACCGAUCGACCUGGUGCGUUAAGGAUUUGUCGCACUCAAUAAUUAAGAUAGAAAAAAGUGUUGAUAAGAUGAACGCGUGCCGUAACGAAUUUUAAAUAAUCGAUAUCGUUAAAGGUCAUUUUGCUUUUCUCAAUGGGAUUAAAUGGCACGCGUUCAUUAAAUUCAAUCAUUGUACCAUAUUUACAUUGUAUUCCUAUUACCGAAUGAUCAUUCCACAUAAUUACCAUUCGAGAGACUCUCACAGGUUCACCAACUAACUGUAUUAAGAAUUUCGCCUGAGCAUUGUGGACGCCUUACGUAAUUCUAUGUAUAACUUUGUUCACGGGCUUUAUUUUUGUCUACAUCUCAUUAUCUUCAUUUAUUUUCAUACUCAAUAGACCACGUUACUUUCUACUUUCUGGGGGAAAACAAAAUUCUCUACGUAGACCUGACGUCAGAUAAGACUACAGUCUUUCUUUUAUAAUAGGUAAAACUGUUUUUUUUUUCUGAGCAAUAAAACUAGAUAUAUUUUGAAC